AUGAAGAUUCCUCCUACUCACAUGGAAACGAAUACAGCCGCUAUCGAUGCGGGUUUUCGUCAUACCCCUUCACCAGUUAUCUGCCAGUCGGCCCCGAUGGCGGAUCACCUAUUCGACCGGCAUCUUGAGACCGAACAAGCUUUUGAGAGCACCAGUCGCAAUGAAGAACUUGUCGACAAGAAGUCUCGCCACUGGUACAACACAUUGUGCCGUCAUUUGGCCGAUGCCAAUGGAGCAGUAUCUGGAGCAGUAAUGUCGUUUUUGAAUUCGAGCCUCGGGGACACCAAGUUGAUACUAGUCGUCGGCCAAGCCGGUACAGGCAAGUCAACCAUCUUGGAAGAGUUGACAGGCCUGGAUCUCACAGUAGCUGGAAGUCUAAAGUCAGGUACUCGUACAUACCAAGUCUGCCCAGCCAUCAUUGAUCGUGGCCAGUAUCUCUUUGUCGACACAGCUGGGUUUGGCGCCGCCGAUACCAACGAUGUCGAAAACUUUGGAGACAUUAUGGCGUGCCUCUACAGUUUGGGUUUGUUCAUGACUCCCACCGGUGUCAUGUUUGUCUUUGGAAGGGUCGGAACCAGAUUCAUGGACCACGACCUCAAGACAGUGCGUUGGAUAGAAUGUUUCUGCGGUCCCAAAUUCUUCAAAAACAUCACCAUCGUUAUAUCGAUGUGGGAUAGGCUCAUAGAAGAGGAUUUCGAGCAAGAGUGCCGGAAAAUCCACGAACUAGUCGAUGUGCCAGAUAUUACUCGGAUUUUGAACCCGCCUGGCCCAUAUGAAGGAGGUGUCAUGUACCAUCACGGCCUACCAGAGGGAAAGCUCGAGGGCGUCCAGUACUCGUCCGUGAUGAGUAAGAAGCGACACAGGAAGCAGAGGAGCGAUGCAUUGAAAGAUCUGAUUCGUGACCGAUACGCUCAUUGCAAGCCAAUCAAACUUCAGGUAAUGAGAGAUGAUCUCAAGGUUGUUUCAUGGUCAGAUACGGAAGCUGGAAAAGUCCUCUUGGCGCGUCAGUCCGAAAUAGAGAUCAGAAUAUCUGGUGGUCGCGCUAUCGUGUACGAGAAAAACUCUCCCUUGGUCUGGAUGUCAAAAAAAGAGAUGGCAAAAAAAAUGUCCGAGAUGGAGGAGCCACUGGAUGAUAACGAGGGAAGUUGGCUGAGAACGGUUAAUCGCUGGUAUGAGGUGAUGAAGAGUGUUUCGUCGUACUUUGACGAAGCCAGAAAAAUGAGAAAUGAGGGCAACGAAAAGCCGCCAGCUUGGAAUCUAUGGGGCUCUCUGAAAAAAUGGUUCCAGCGCUGGUUCUCCUAG